GGGGAGGCUUCAGGAAGCGACGGAUCCGGCUGCGGCGGCGGCGGCGGCGAGGGCCCGGGUGGGUGACCGAACUUCUCCCGCCAUGGAGGGCGCAGCGGCCCGGGAGGCCCGGGGGGCCGAGGCCCCGCGCGCGUCUGCGUCCCCGCCCGCGCCCUCGGAGCCCCCGGCUGCGACCCGCGCCCGCCCGCGCCUCGUCUUCCGCACGCAGCUGGCGCACGGGAGCCCCACGGGCAAGAUCGAGGGCUUCACCAACGUCCGCGAGCUGUACGCCAAGAUCGCCGAGGCCUUCGGGAUCGCGCCCACCGAGAUUUUAUUCUGCACCCUCAACAGCCACAAAGUGGACAUGCAGAAGCUCCUAGGGGGCCAGAUAGGCCUGGAGGAUUUCAUCUUUGCCCACGUGCGAGGCGAGACCAAGGAGGUGGAGGUCACUAAGACAGAGGACGCUCUGGGGCUGACCAUCACGGACAACGGGGCCGGCUACGCCUUCAUCAAGAGAAUCAAAGAAGGCAGUAUCAUCAACCGGAUCGAGGCAGUGUGCGUGGGUGACAGCAUCGAAGCCAUCAACGACCACUCCAUCGUGGGCUGCCGCCACUACGAGGUGGCCAAGAUGCUCCGGGAGCUGCCCAAGUCCCAGCCCUUCACCCUGCGCCUGGUGCAGCCCAAGAGGGCCUUCGGUGAGGCGGGCGGGCUGGCGGGAGCUCUUCCCGAAGUGGGUUCUACGGAUGCCCGGGGUGGAGGAGGGUUGGGGAUGGCACGGGCUGGAAGGUUCUAG